CACCCGCCAUGGCUCUGCGCCUCCACCUGCUGCUGCUCCUGCUGGCCGCUACCCUCCUCAUCGCCCGGGCUCAAGGCAUUGGCAGCUCGGCCCCGGACUGCUGCCUGAAGAACAGCCGGAAAGCCCUCCCCAGCAGCUGGGUGAAGUCCUACAGCCUCCAGGGACCCGAGUUGGGAUGUUUGCUGCGUGCUGUCGUGUUUACCACCAAGAGGAAUAAGAAAAUCUGCGCCUCUCCCACCGACCCCGCUGUCCAGAAGCUGAUGCAGAACCUGGACAAGAAGGUGAAGGACAAGGACAAGAAGAAGCGACAUGCCCCGCGUCCCGGGGGCAGACCCAAGCGGCAGAAGCGGCAGCGGGUCUAAGUCAGGCCUGAAGAGGACAGAUGCCUUCCCCACCGAUGACCGACCCACCGCCUGGCAAUGGACAUCCACAGACCGCCCACCUGCCCGCUGGCCCU